AUGGUUAAGUUUUACAUAGGAUCAUGUUUAAUUGCUAUUUCAACAUUUUUUACUACUAUAAAUGGACAAUUAGAUGCAUUUGCUUUACCAUCAGCAUCUAGAUAUGCAGCAAAACCAACUGUUCCACCAGAGUUAAGAGGUUACUUUGAACUUGAUGGUCAUGCUAGAGAAUUAAUGGAUACAUUAAUGGGUCCUAGACCAGGUGGUUAUUUUCCUGAAAAAACAUUUGAAAUUGCUUCAGCAAGACAACCAGGAAUGAGUGAAUCACCUCCACGUAUAAGUGGUGUUGAAAGAGCACUUGAAAAUUUUUUUAAAGGCUCUCCUAGUGAUGCAUCAGAUAUUCAAUUACCUCCUGGUUUUGGUCAAGGUUUUUCAUUAAAUAAUAAUGGUGUCCCAACUUCAUUUUCUAAUAAUAAAAAACCUCAGAUUAUUGAAAAAGAAGAAGAAAUUGAAGGUUCUGGAAUAGAACCAAAAUCAUCAAUUAAAGGUAUUCCAAAAGUUUUUCCAAAACUUCCUAAAGCACCAGUAUCUACACCUGAUAUAGAUCGCAAACCAGUAGUUAUGAAUAAACUUCCUCAACUUCCAAGAUUUGCUUCAUCACGUCCAGAAAUCCCUGAUGGUGGUUUUUCACCAACUUCUGAAAUUCGUCGUGCUCCUGUUAAUACUGAUCAAUUAUCAUCAACAGUUGUCAAAGAUUCUGAAUAUGGUAAAGCUGGUGAAGGAUUAUCAGAAGAACCUAAAUCAUCUGGUGGUUUAAUUGGAACGGUUUUAUCAUUAUUUGGUUUAAAUAAAGAUGGAAAACCAGCUGAUACUGAUACAGUUAAUAAAGCUUUAACUAAUCUUAUUGGUGGUAAUGAUUCACCUCUUCCAGCAAAAGAUAUGAUUAGUAGUGUAUUAUAUAAAGCUCUUACAAAUGGAUCAGUUCAAAAAAAUACAACUGUUGAUAAUAAUACAAAAGUAGAUGAUAAGAAAAAAACAGAAUUACCAAUUGAUUUAACAAAAAAUAGUUCUAUUCCAUUAACACUUUCAUCAUCACAACAAGCUGCUAUUAAUGAAAAUCUUGAAAUGAUUCAAAAUUUAAUUAUUCAACCAUCAUCACCACUAUGUAAUCCAAAACCUGUACCAGUUGAUGAUUUUAAUAUUGAUGCUUUUAUGGGACAAUGGUAUCAAGUUGUUUAUUCACCACCAAUAUCUUCAGGACCAUGUUCUAUGUUAGGGUAUAAAAAACUUGCUGAUGUUAAUAAUGGAGGUGUUGGUUCAAUAUUUGAAAUAUUUGAAUAUACAACUGAUGGUAGUCCAUAUGCUAAACCAAAAAUUUCAUCUGGUUAUGCUAUUGUUAAAGCAACUGGAGAACUUAUUUUUAGAACAUCAUCAAAUACUGAUGAUGUUAAUAUUCAUGUUAUUCAUAAUGGUCCAUUAAAUUCAAAUGGUGAGUACGAGUAUACUGUUCUUUCAGCCAACUGUAAUUAUCCAAUUUAUGUAUUUGCAAGAGAUCCUGUUAUUUAUAAACAAAAAUAUGAAAGUAUUGUUAACAGAAUUUUAGAAAAAAAAGGAAUGAUAAAUGGUUUUAGUAAACUUUUAAAUAUAGUUUCAUCUGUUGAUUCUAAUAUAUGUACAUUCCCACCAAGUCUUUUUAAUCUAAGAGGUUAA